AUGAAAAGCAGGGGCAAAGCCGUCCACUCAAAAGAGCAACUGAAAUCGAAAGGAGUUCCCGCCUGCAACCAGAAACAAACCCUCCAUCGACUUCAGCUAAAUUUUCAAAAUUUUCAAAACCCUAAAACCAAAUCCCUCUCAAAAUCUAACAUCUUAAACCCCCAUAUCCCGCCAUUGUCAACCACCUUGCAUCUCUUUGUGAACCACACGCUAGAUCUACAUACUGUGCGAAACAUGGCGAUUCCUUCGCCUUCAUAUUCCUUAGCUACGAAAGAACCGGCCUCUGGAUCUACUACCUAUUGCCGGAAGCAGAAAUCUCUCGGUCUUUUAUGUUCCAAUUUCUUGAGCUUGUACAAUCGAGAUGGAGUUGAAACUGUUGGAUUGGACGACGCAGCAUCAAGACUAGGUGUGGAGAGACGACGGAUUUACGAUAUUGUCAACGUUUUGGAAAGUGUUGGUGUUCUUGUAAGAAAAGCCAAAAAUACGUAUUACUGGAAAGGACUUGGAGCAAUCCCAAAGGCGUUAGAGGAGCUAAAGGAAGAAGGUUUCAGAAACAACGAUGAACCGAUUGAUUGUAAAUCUGGAAAGGUUUGGGAAGAUGAUGAAGAUGAAAGAUUCUCCAAUUCUAGUGCUUCCUUCCAGGAAAAAGCAGAUCCAGAUUCCAUGCAUAAAUCUCUCGGGUUGUUCAAAUCAGAAAACCGGAAGGAGAAAUCUCUGGGACUUCUCACUAAGAACUUCCUCAAACUUUUCCUAUGCACACCUUCUGAUACACUUUCUCUUGAGGACGCUGCAAAAAUAUUGCUUGGAGAUGCUCGGAAUCCAUCAUUGACAAGAACUAAAGUCAGACGGCUAUAUGACAUUGCUAAUGUGUUAUCUUCCAUGAAUUUUAUCGAGAAGAUUCAUCACCCGGAAACCCGAAAGCCAGCCUUUAGGUGGUUGGGUAUGAGAAGUCAAAGUCAAAGUCAAACAGAUAGCAAAACAGGAUUAGUUAAUCCGGAAUCCAAGAAAAGAGCAUUUGGGACUGAUCUUACAAAUACAAACAUUUCCUUCAAAAGAAACAAAACGGUUUUAGAUGUAGGUGUGGACCAGGGUGUGAAACUGGGAGUUUCACACUCUGGUUCAGGUUCAGACCGGUUGGGUCUGAAAGAUCUAACCGGACUGGUUCAAGGUGAGAGCAAGGAAGUAAAGAAGAGUCAAGAUUGGGAAAGUCUAGCAUCGACUCAUCGUCCACAAUAUCACAAUCAGGCGUUGAGAGAUUUGUUUGUUCAUUACAUGGAUGCAUGGAGUUCAUGGUAUUCUGAGGUUGCUGAAAUGGAUCCAAUAGAAGCGGUUUAGAAGGGCAGAUUAGUCAAUUCAUUGAUUGAAAAUUGAUGAGAAGAGAUGGCUAGAAAUGGCCAUCCUCAAGAGUUGAUAUAGUACAUUGCCAUAACUAGAGAGAAUGAUUUCAUGUGGUGUUGUACCUUGUAGUCCAAGCCCUAUUUUGGUUUGGUAGUGUUGAUACUUGAUUGUAGCUUUUAUUUUCUUUGAAAUCUCAAAAGAA